UGUCGAUUCGUACAGAUCUAUGUUUCUAAAAGUGGUCCAAGUUCACCGUUCUUUUUUGAGCAAAACAUUUCUGGAACUUUUUGGAUUAGAAGUGAUUAGUGAAUUAGUGAACUUUAAGUGAUUCUUACUUAAGAUAACAGGAACAACUUCAAAAUGUCGAGAAGCUUCUUAGUGGAUUCUCUUAUUGGCAAUAAUUCACCACCAAAUUAUCCACUUCCGUACUACGGAAAUCAGUUACCAAAUUAUAUGUUCAAUUUCUUUAAUCUUGGAUUGGGUUAUCAACCUAUACGACCUGUACCACGACCUCCAGCUUUAUCUGUUCCGGUUCCAAUAAGUCCGCCGGCUGUUAUGGGAAUUCCUCUUCCUGGACGCAGUCCGCCAUCACCAAUGAACUCUCCUGCAAGUCGAUUAUCAGAUACAUCUUGUGCAAAUGAAUCUCCAACAAGAAGCCAUAGUCCAACUCCACCACCAAAAUCACCAAGUGCUUUGAAUAAUUCAUCCAAAAGAGUACGUACAGCUUUCUCUAGUCACCAACUUCUGGAAUUAGAACGAGAAUUCGCUGCUAAUAUGUACCUCUCUCGUCUUCGGCGUAUUGAGAUAGCCACGAAUCUCAAAUUAUCAGAGAAACAAGUGAAGAUCUGGUUUCAAAACCGUCGAGUAAAGUAUAAGAAAGAAGAUAUACCAUCGGGACAAAGUGCAAAAUGUUGUUGCUUGAGAACGUGCGGUAAAAAUAAAAAAGACGGUUGCAAUGAAGAGACAAGUAAAUGCUCUGGAGAAGAUGAAUCUCAGAAAAAGGAUACUUGUGAACAUGACGAUAAAAUUCAAGAUGAACAAGACGAAGAUGAACAACAAGAUAUUAAAGUUGAAUGUAAAGAGACUGAUGUUAUUCAAGCACAAGAUUCACCUACUGACGUUGAGUACUCUAGGUUUCCUGGUUAUUAUAAUUAUGAAGAUCGACAAGGAGAUUCUUGUCAAGUACCUCUAUCUAGUAAAAGAAAUUUAGAGACGUUCGGUGGACCAGUAAAUUUCAGAAAGAAAAUUUUAUCUCAUCCUUAUAUCACAUCUUUUAAAGAUGCACCAAUUGUGAGAAAUAAUACUUGUACUAAAUAUACUGUAGAAAGUAUUGUUAAUUCAUGAGAUUCAUGAUAAUAAGACUGUCAGUUAAUAUUUAAAAUGAAUAAAAUAAUAAAUUAUUAGAAUAAAUAGUGACAA